CUGGGAAAUGAACUCGGCUGUCCUGUUAACAGAAAGCCUGCCAGGCCGUCACACAGCCGACUGUCUCGCGGAGAAAUUGAAUGGGGCUGUGGAGCAAUGGGGAAUUGAAGGCCGAGUAAUCGCCUGCGUACAUGAUAACGCGGCCAAUAUAGUCGCUGCUAACCGUCCAACCAGAGUCAGCUGGGUUUCCGUUGCCUGCUUUGCCCACACCCUCCAGCUGGCCAUAAAUGACGGCUUUGCACUUUACCUGAAUCGGGUAAUCUCCGCGGCUGGCAAACUGGUUGGUCACUUUAACCACAGCACAGUUGCCAGCAAAACUCUGCAAAAAAAACAAGAACAAAUGGCCCUCCCAAGCCACCGGCUUAUUCAAUCAUGUAAAACACGUUGGAACUCGGUCUGUGAAAUGUUCGAUCGGCUGGUGGAGCAACGGUGGGCUGUUGCUGCUGUCCUGUCGGACCGCACCGUGACCAAGCUCCAGGACGCCAGAAUCCUGGAGCUGAAAGAUGAGCAUUGGCGGCUGAUGGAGGAAAUGCAGCCUGUGCUGAGAGCACUAAAGUGUGCCACCACCGUCAUGUCUGCGGAGAAGGACGUCUCCAUCUCCAACACUUAUCCCAUCACCUUCGGACUCAUCAAUGCCCAUCUGAUGCGCAAAGAAGGAGACGGGCCCAAGGUUAUCGAGUUCAAAACUAAAGUGCGGUCGUCCCUCAGCACCCGAAUGAAUGUUCAGUCUGCUGAAUUUGUAUCAUCGGCCCCCAUGCUUUCAGCAAUGCUGGACCCUCGUCACAAGCACCUGAGCUUUCUGACACCUGCACAGACAGUAGUUGCUAAUGCGAAAUUAGUUGAACUGGGAGAGGCAGUGGAGACAGGCCAGGAGGCUAUCGAGCAGGCUGGGGGGCACGCGGACGAAGGGAGCGCAAACACUGGAGCGGCCGCAGCCGCCACACAGGCAUCCGCUAUGGCACUUCUCCUCGGGGAGCAGUACUCCAUUAUACUGGACUCUGGCAUUGACACAGAGGUUAAUAACUUUCUGAAGGAUACCCCCCCACCCCUGGAUUGCAACCCUGCCGACUGGUGGAAAGUGAAUGGGAGGAGGUUCCCCAGGCUGUCAAAGUUAGCGCGACAGUACCUUUGCAUCCCCGCAACUUCGGUCCCGUCAGAGCGGGAGUUUUCUGCUGCUGGACUGACAGUAACAAGGCUGCGUUCGCGGCUUACCCCCGAGCAUGUUAACAUGCUUAUAUUUCUAAAUAAAAAUAUGUAGGCUGGAGUUAGACAGUAGGGACAGUCACCACCGAACGUGAGUCGCUCUUUUUGUUUUAAUGUGUCGUCUCUCGCUCCGCUUUUCUUUCGGCUUGGUGCCUCUCGGAGUCGUUAUUUUGUCGAAACUGUGAAAUCUUAGCCUUGUAUGUUCAAUAAGGUAUUGCUUUUAGAUAGUAGUUCAUUUAAUUGUUUGUAAAUGGGUGGCGUGGCUCAUCUUUUUGUUGCGAGCCUUUGCCAUUGUUCGGACUUUACGAGCGCCGCA